AUGGCGCCCAAGACGACGCCGUUCCAGGAGAAGCAUGCGCUGGAGUUCGGACUCGAGCUCAUCAAGAUGGGAAAGGGCGGCGUGCAAACUGUGCGAUGCCUGUUCUGCAUCUAUAACAGGCGUGACAAGGUUGAGCAUGGCAAGACCAAUGCAGAGUACAGCGAGCUGUGUAACGCAGAGAAGCGCGAAUACAUUACUGGGAAGACGAAGAUCGUGAACACGUUGCAUCAUUACCUCGACGUUGAAGACGACACUAUGGAAUUCAAUGUUUCGCCGCCAAUCGUCGAUACCAUCAUCGGCAACAUGUUCUUAAGGAACGACGGAAUGCUGGACAAUGCCGAAGACGACGAUAAAGACGACCUCGUAGCGUCUGACGCAGCAAAGGCAGUAGCCAAGAAAAUCGCGAAGAAGUCCAGCGAAAAGGCGCAUGCGAUGAAGCUGUAA